GAGCCCGACCGCGUCAGACGAAAACAGACCCAUACAAGGCAGUCAGAGUAGAGGGCACGGGUACACAUGAAUGUGAAGUAGCACAGGUUGUCUGCAAACGUUAGCAUAACACGCAUGAUUUUUCUUCCUGCCAGAGACAGUCCACUGCGCACCAGAAAAUAAUUAUUUGCUAAGACUAUCGGGACAGUGUUGUUGUUAUCAUUGUGAGGACAGUGUCAAGAUUUUCAUUUUCAAGGGGGAUCUGUAAAUCUGUUUAUUAGAUCCGUAUUUAGAAAGUCCGUAGGCUUUCAUACCUUUAUCACCUGUAAGAUUAACUCGCCAGGCGGGAAAUGCCGUACGCAGUGAACAGCUUCUUUUGCACGCUGAUUGUGCUUAUUCUCUGGCAAGUGGAGGAAAUCGCUGAAGCAUGCAGCUGUUCUCCUGUGCAUCCUCAACAGGCUUUCUGCAACGCCGAUGUUGUAAUCAGGGCCAAAGUAGUCGGAGGAAAAGAGGUGCACUCUGGGAAUGACAUCUACGGCAACCCCAUCAAGAGGAUCCAGUACGACAUCAAGCAGAUUAAGAUGUUCAAAGGUCCAGACCAUGACAUCGAUUACAUCUACACUGCCACCUCCUCUGCGGUGUGUGGGGUCACUAUGGACACCACUGGCAAGAAGGAGUACCUGAUUGCAGGGAAGGCUGAGGCCAAAGGAAAGAUGCAUGUGACGCUGUGCGACUUCAUCAUGCCUUGGGAGUCCAUGAGCGCCACACAGAAGAAGAGCCUGACCCAGCGCUACCAGAUGGGCUGUGAGUGCAAGAUCACACGCUGUGCUGCCUUCCCGUGUGAAGUCAGUACUCCGGACGAGUGCCUGUGGACGGAUUGGCUGACGGAGAAGCUCGUCAGUGGCCGGCAGGCCAAUCACUAUGCCUGCAUCAAGAGAGGGGAUGGUUCUUGCGCCUGGUACCGUGGCUCUGCUCCCCCUAAGAAGGAGUUUUUGGACGUCGAGGACCCCUAAGACCCCAUGACCCACUCCUGCCCAUGGCAUCCGCCUGAGUAUAAUAGUAAUAAUGAUAACAACAAUAAGGUUUUCCAAAUUCAUUAGGGGAGAGGGAGUAAAGCACACAACAUGACAAGGUUUUAAACUACAGUAUAACGCAAAUCAAGUGCUCAGAGGUUAGAGUAGAUGGUAGAAUUUCUCAUUAGUACAUAGAGUAGCUGACGACAGAAUACAGAUUGGUCACGGGAUGCCCAUGUUGUUUAUUUGCCCAUGAAGGCUGGUUUUAGGAAACACUCCCCAUAUGUGAGGGACAAUCUGUUUUGGCAAAGCACUUUCACCCUCCCCCCUAAAAAAAAACCAAACAAACAAAGAAAAAAACAAAGCACUUAAUUCUGAUACUUUACUCCAAAGAACGAAUGGGUGUCUUAUUGCAGAUGACUAGAGACGAAAAAACACUCCCAAGAGACUCACUCUAAAAUGUUGGUCUCAAGUUUCAGGCAGCCUGGAAAAGAUAUCACGGACUGUCAUUAGUGUUGUUUCCUUGAACCAUGCCUUGAUUGUUAUGGUGGAGUUGGACUCGGAUUGUUCACAGAUGUAUAAAGACACACCAUGCACAACUGCACAGCAGAUGGAGAUUAGACACCAAAGUUUAUGCCACUUCACAUGCAUCUGUAGAGGUCAAUCCCGUGUCUGUUUUUCCAAAAAAAAUAUUAAAUAAUGGUGAUGACAAUAAUAAUAAUCUGAAUGUGUAGCUCUAAAUUAAAGCGUGAGACAAGGAGGAAGUGUGAGAUGGGGUUCUACAGGGUCGAGGCUCUAUGGGCUUUUAAUUUGACAAACUUGGGGCAGGGCUGUGGUGUCUCCUUCCUGGAUGAAAAGUCAGUCCACUAACUUAAACACUGCCAGAAGGGGAGUCAGAUUCAAUGAAAGGGACCAGAGGAAGGUCUUCAGUCAUGAUCUUCACGUAUUAACACUGCCAUAAAAUAUAGGAAUAUAACUUGUUAGCAUAGCAUGUAGCUUAUGAAAGAAGAGUAGUUAUACUAACUGAUUUUACUCAAUCUUAUAUCUUGUGUCACAGUCACAGAUAUUCAGAGAACCAUGGCUACCUUUGACUUUGGCCUCUUAGUGCAUUACUAUAGUAGAACCCCCUUCCAUCCACCCACCCAUCUCAUAGAGCUCCAACCCCUCCUCGUGCCUACAGCUCACUCCUACCCCUGUACAGAACCAUCAGUAUCCAUAUACCAUGUGUUAUAUGUUUGUUUAAUUAUGAUUCUGUGUUCAUUAAUAAUCCUGGUUAGAGCUAGAGAUGCACUUUUUUGCUGCCAUCAUAGAGCAUAUAACUGUGAGGAUUGACUCCUCAUUGAAAGUUUUAAAUUCUUCUUUUUUUUAUCUUCCUUCAUUCCUCUCUUCCUUGGGUUCUCAUUCCAUUCUAUCUCUUGUGCCUCUGUUUUCAAUCUUGCUUAAUGAAUUCCUGUUGUAUUUGUCCAGAUGUCAAACUGUUUCCAGGAAGUGUGUGAUGGUAUAAAGCUUGGAGUCAGAGGGUGGCUGAGCGCUACAGUGACGGCCCUGUUGGCAUUGACAUGUUUGGGCCACCGAUUGUAAUGGCAGGCAGAUCCCCCUCAGGAGUGACCUCAUUUGGAGGUAUUGGAUGUGAUUGGCCUAGCUAACGAGAAUUAUUGUUUUAUUUCACUCUUCGAGGUAUGUUACACAUUUUAUGAGGCAUCUCAUAAGGUCAUUAACUCUUGGACUUGAUUGGCAGCAGCUUAGAGAGAAUGUUGCAGGUGCACCCUGAUUGGCUAUCUCUUAAGUCACAUGACCAGGAGCAGGCAAAGGAAGCAAGGGCUGUGGUUGCUAGGCAUUAAGUCUGGAUGUGCUUUUUAACAUUCACGGGUGUCACAAGAUGCAGCCCAGUGCAGUGUAAAUGAGGAUGAGCCGAGAGAGAGAGAGAAAGAGAAAGGAGGAGGAGGAGGAGGGCUUGGAAGACUUGUAGUGAGCGUGGAAUGUGCAGUGCUUCCCAUAUCAGCAGGCUGUGGGCUAUUUGCAGAUGUUCAGUUCCUUGGCCAAAGCAUUCUUGACAUGUUACCAGCAACACACACAAAAAAAAAAAUACUGCCAUCAUCAUCAUCAUCUUGUCUGCUCACCUCUGUGAAUGCGUGCACGGCUAUUGUGUGUCCCCUGUGUUUGUGCGUCUGUGUGUGUGUUUGUGUGUGUGUGUGUGUGUGUGCGUGUGUGUGUGUGUGUGUUUCUUUGCAUAUACAGGUUCGUGUUUCAGCAGUGUGUGUGUGAGACAUUUUUGAAUAAGUGUAUGAGAGAGUGGUUUGACUCAAGCCUUGUCAUUAGGGCCACAUUUGUGCUUAUUAAAGAUCAUGAUCCACUGAGUUGUGAAAACAGAACCAAUCAGGUUGUAGAAGGUCAUAAUGUAUAAAAGGCAAUGCAUCUUAAACCCCAGGCAUUCUGGCUGUUUCCACUCUCUCUCUCUCUCUCUCUCUCUCGCUCUCUCUCUCUCUCUCUCUCUUUCUCUCGCUCUCACUCACUCUCUGUCUACCUUUCUGACAUUUACUGUAAACGAGCUCUUGAGACAUAGUAUCUACAAAAUAACCAAGAGCAACAGUUAAAUCAAGUCUCAUAAAUCUCAUGCUAUACAAACUAUAUUGGAAUAUACAUAAAGGGCAUAAUUUAAGUGUUUGUUGUUGCCAAGUUUUUUUUUUUGCUUUUCUUUUUUACUUUUUGUUUUGUAAACUGUCUUUACCUGUUACAUGAUUUUACUGUCAUUUUGUACUGCCAUUCUCUCUUGUCUUGCUCUUUGAAAAUGAAUCUUUAGUGAGAGACGUCUGAUGCUUGGACCAUAUGAGAGAGCAGACGUGCGAUGAGAACCAGACUAUGCAUGUCUUUGAUGCUUUCGUGUAUUUCCGAUGUGGACGUCCACUUGAUGGACAAAACAUACAGUAUUAAUGAAAAUAAAAAUGUAAUAAAGGACAACACCCUUCCUCCGUC